UCUUUGUUCACACCGCAACUGAACAUAUUAUCGAAUCUUUUCAAAAAGAACAAUUAUGAGCUGAGGAUAGCUGGUGGAGCUGUGCGUGAUUUACUGAUGGGAAUACGUCCUGCUGAUGUGGAUUUUGCGACUACAGCAACGCCCACUGAAAUGAAGGAACUGUUCGAGCGUGAAGAGAUUCGAAUGCUGCAUAAGCGAGGAGAGGAGCAUGGUACAAUAACAUGUCGUAUAGAAGAUGCGGAAAACUUUGAGAUCACAACGUUGAGAAUCGAUUUGGUGUGCGAUGGACGUCGUGCUGAAGUGCAGUAUACGACCGAUUGGCAGCUGGAUGCUAAUCGACGAGAUUUAACCAUCAAUUCGCUUUUCCUCGGUACGAAAAAUCCACUUUUUUCAAUUAUUUCCUUCUUUUAA